AUCCUCCACAUAAUCGAAUCGUUAUAAGUCCCAAGAUUAAGUAAGAUUAAUUACCAAACUUUCUGUACAAUCUACCGGUCGUUACAGACAAACAGUAAUUAUACGCAGUUUUAUUUAUUCCAUGACAGAGUAUCUCUGACGAGUCCUUCUGCGAAUAUGGAGAAGAAAAUCAGGAAGAUUUGGCGGAUCGAAGGAGCGAGGAUGGACUUAAAGGCGGAAGGGAUUAUUUUCAACUCAAUCUUCAGAACUAUGCACCGAUAGGUUAUGAAAUUAAUUCCGAAGACGAGAAAUCUGAUGUCUUGGAUCGUUCAGAAGAUUCCUCGGUGAAAAUUAAUUAUGAGGACUUGAAAGACGCAGAGUUGAGGCUCAGGGAGCGAGUUAAAUCCCUGCAAGAAGCGAUGGCAAAGUUGAGGGAAGACCUCGUAUCGGAAGCAGCACUUUGGAAAAAGCAGCGGGAAGAGUUUCAAGCUCAUCGAGAGCAGAGCGACGUGUUGGCCUUCGAAGAAGCGAUCACAGCGGCUUGGGCAAACGAUCCCUUGGACAUGAUGAGCGUCGACUCAGCUUUUGAAACGUUUACUAUUUUGGAAUACGAGAAGAAUCUCGCCAGGUACCAAAACGAUCUGGCUGUGGCUCAUGCCGAAAGGCGUUACAACGUACGCAGGCAACUGGUCGCCACAAAUUAUCGCAGGAAACUCAUGGAAGUCGAACGACUCUGUGACGAGGAGCUGGAGAAAAUUAAACACAAUGCCAGUUGUCUCCAGCCCUUGAGACAAAUCGCCUCGCAAUGGUUCACCAAUCAGCGAAGCCAUGGAGACUCUAACCUAGACAUUAUAAAAUGUUCCGACGACAGAGGGAGUGCUGACCACACUGACGGGAAAAAUCCUCAGGACAAAACAUCAGAUGAAUACCGAAAAAUCGACGCCGAAGUGAACAUGGCACCUGAGAUAUUCGCUGCGAGAUUCAAUAUCGGGGACUCAGACGUCGAAGGUAAUUUUUGAAUAAACGAAGAAAAUCCCAGAAGCUUGGAAGACCCCUCGACAUAUUCGAACUUAAACUCCUCUUCCUUGCAUUGCUAAUAGAUGUUCAUUAAUU